AUGGUUUUUUAUUAUUUUUGUGUUGAGAAUUAUGACAAAAAUGGGAUCUUACUAACUUUUCAGGGAUCGCUUUAUGGAGCUUUAUUUUUAAAAUAUAUUCACUUAAAUAAGAAGUAUAUCAAAACUUUUAAAGAAAAUUUUUCUAUCAAUAAUGACAAGGGAUUAUAUAUUAAAUAUUAUAUAGUUAGAAAUCCUGAAUUUUGUAUAAUAGAUUAUAAUUGGAAUUAUCUUAUAACAAAGUAUCUUCUUAAAAAUUUAUAUUUAGAAAAAACAAUGUGGAAUCUUUCAACGUUUGGUGGAGCAUACUCAUCAAUGGGAGACUACUUUGAUAAUUUUGCUGAGAUAGCCGGUAAAUUAAGUAUUGCACAAUAUAAAAUAGCAAAAAAAAUGGAUGAUCAAAGUAUGAUAUCACGUUGUAAACUAUUUUUUUCUUUAAGUUUGGCACAACGCAAUUAUACCAAAUUAGCAUAUUUUAUAAUUAAACAAGAAUAUGUAAAAGCAAAAAAAGAAAAGAAUCAUUUUAUUGCUGAUUGUGCUCAAGGAACUUUAGCAAAAAUAAAAUCUUUACAAAUUAUAAAAAAAAAUAAUUAUCAGUCUUCUCUUUUAACAAAAUCUGAUGUCAUUCCAUUGAAGGGUUCUUUUGAUAAGUAA